UCAGUAACUUGGGGGAGAAAACGAACAUUAUAGCAGCGCAUGAAGUUAGCAGACGUGUCCCGAGUCUGUGGGUUGAAUGUAUGAGCAGGCGGCUCACGAGGGGUAAAAGAUAGGCUCACAUCGAGGCUGCCACGAGUACAGAUUCUACGUUUCCACAAAAAGCCCGGGUGCCUCCUCGCAUUCGACCAUUCUCAGCUCUACCAGAAGCAGUGGCAUCAGCUACCUUGACAGAAAGAUUAGAUAUUUUAGUCCGCAGUUUCACACACAUUUUCCAACAAAGAUGAAUUCCCUGAACCUCAUAUGCCUGGCACUUGGUGUGAUGUGCGUCUAUGCUGGAGAUAAGGUACGUUACUUAACUGUUACUGUUAUGUUGUAAAUAAAAGGACUAAGGGUGAUUCUUGGACAAACGUAAGGUAUCCCACGCGUACAUAGGGAGUACCAAAAUACCCGGCCACCAUCAUUAUCAUUGCAGUUUAUUGUUUCCAGUGCCACGAGAGCAUUCUAAUGACAUGGACAUUUAUUUUCAAAGCUUUUUUUAAACAAAAAAAUUAAGCUUCAUUAAUAGCAUAGAUGAUUUAAUAUCAUAAUACUUGUGUUUUAUGAUUUAAAAAAAAUAAAAUUAUCAAAAUUAGCAGUCGCGUUACACGGGGCAGAGUAGGCCUAACAAAGUCUUAUUUCUACCGGGUAACGGCCGUCAUAUUUUUUUUAAAUGUUAGGGGACUGUAACAAUUCAAGGAAAAGGCCAGGAGGUUGCAGAUGCCUAAGCCCAAAGGCUGGUCCUGGCCUAAGGUGGCUCAAUACAGUCAAAAUAUACUUAAAAACAUUACCCCCUCCCCCCCCCCAAAAAAAAAAAAAAAAAAAAAAAAAAAUUUAUAAAAAAUAAAAAUAAAAAAAAAAAAUCAAAAAGAAAAAAAAAAAAAAAAAAAAAAAUAAACUCAAAAAACUUACCCCCCCCCCCCCCCCAAAAAAAAAAAAAAGUUUAAAAUCAAUUUUGUAAAAAAUGUAAUUCAAAACACCAGGGCCAAAGGGUAAAUUAAAAGAGAAGCCGCAUUAAGCGUUAGAGGAAACCAAAAGCUCAAUUUAAGACAAGAUCAAAUUAUGUUAACUAUUAGGCAUUAGGCAUAUUUUACGUAAAUUCAUUCGACGUAUAUAUAGAGCCACACACACACGUGUAAAUACAGCGCCCUGCCCCCCUUUCCAAAAAAAAUAAUAAUAAUACACACACGAAGCACAAACAAUAAGUAAAGGGAAUAAAAAAAAUUAUAGUAAAUGCUAUACAAGCAAUGCUUGUUAUCUUUCUCCAUAGAGCAGACAAUCACGUUUUGUUUCUUUUGUUUAAAAAACGAAAGAAAUGUGAAUAUGCUGGUAGUGGUCGAUUUUCACCAUGAGCUGCAAUGUUUGGGCUGCCACGUCACUGACCUACAUAGCUGGCAGGAGUCAGGGUGGGGGUGGGGUUGGGGGGGGGGGAGAAAGGAACAGGGCAUUGACCAGGUACUACUACUCUGUUUUACAUAGGCAUACCAAGGAUAAUCCCUGUUGCAGUUACUUCCCCUCAUGGUUGCAUCUAUUUUUAACUUAUUUAAAGAUGAAACACCCAACAUCUCUUAUAAAUAAAGGAAUUUUAUUUACUCUUGUUCAUUUUUUUUUUGUUUGCUUUGAAAAGCGAGGGGAGAAAAUAUAAUUGAAUUGUGGAUGGGAAGUUUUUUAAACGCAAUGUUAUGCAUUUUUUUUUUUUAAAGUUUAAACUUUACGGUUUUCUUUAUUAAGAUUAUUUUGCAUGAUAAUCCCUAUUGACAAUUGAGUUUUCAAGGCUAGAUGUGAAAACUACAUGUCCUAAUUUUUAAACUUGUCUAAAUACACAGAAAAGAUGCUAAUUAAUUUAAAUUCUUUAAUUUAUCUUUAUGGAUGAUCCCCACUUUUUAAAAAAUUCAGUAACAAUUUCAAAUUUUAAAAUAGCUUCUGUCCCUUUGUGUGUCUUCCACUUCCAGCCUCUAGUUACAGACAAAGUCUUCUUUGACAUCAGUAUUGGAGAUGAGCCCCUUGGUACAGUUGUUAUCGGUGUGUUUGGAGAUGUUGCCCCAAAGACAGUUAGAAAUUUUGUUGAGUUGGCAUCUCAUGCCAAUGGCUACGGUUAUGAAGGCAGUAGAUUCCACAGAGUCAUUAAUGACUUCAUGAUUCAAGGUGAGCUUUAAAGUUGAAGAUUUAAAAAAACAAAUAUUUUUUUGAAUAUGGAUUUCAGCAUUCAUAAAAAAAAUUUGACCCUGAAUUUUUUUGUACUGAACUAUAAUGUCUGAAACAAAAAGACUAACACAACCUACAAGAUUUACUUCACAAAAAGGGAUUAUUUACUUGUAUAAUAUUAUCUCAAGGAUGCAACAAUCUGGAUGAAAAAAAUAUUUCUAAAAUCUGAUUAUGGCCCAGACCAUAUGUAUUUUAAAAUCUCUAUCUAUAAAAACAAUCAAGAAUAAACUUUUUUUAAUGGAGAUUAUUUUGGAAAACUGGCAUCUUGAAGCAAGAAACUUUUUUUAAAAAAUCCAUUGCAGUCCCAUUUCUUUUCUCACACAACCAAAAAUUUAAACACUUAGCUUCAUCAGAAGUAUUAUUUUCGUUUUAAAUAUUAACAAAAAACUGCAAUAUGAGAUCAUAUGUGUGUUGAUUUCCUGGCUUUUUACAGGUUAAACAAAAAAUGUAAAAAAAAAAAUAAAUGCUUGUUUGCCCUAUCAGGGGGCGAUUACAACAACAAGGAUGGUACAGGCUUCAAAAGCAUUUGGGGCGGAUACUUUGAUGAUGAGAACUUCACUCUUAAACAUUAUGGAGCUGGUUGGAUCAGUAUGGCUAAUGCAGGUAAAGAAGUUAGCACUACCACUAUUUAAAAAAAAUAAAAAUUGUUAUUGUUACAACAUAACACCUACUGAGACAAAGAUUUAAGUUUGAGUGUGAUUUAAUUAUUAUUAGCAAAUAUAAAAUUUCCGUCUUGAAAUAAAAAAGCAAAUUUGAUUGUUAACUUUAUAAAAAUUAGACAGCUGGUUUCAGUGUGUAGCACUUAUAUUUCUAAUCAUAUAACACUGUCCAUGAUGUGUACAAUGCCCAAAAACAUAAUUUUUGUUUUACAUAAACCUAACUUACAUCAAUAUUUUGAAUUGCGCUUCAAAACCUAAUAAUUUAAUUCUACAAAAGAGACUUAUAUUGAUAUUUUAAAUUGUUCUUCAAAACUUAUAAUUUAAUUAUGCAAAAAGAGUUUUCCUAAUUAGUUACAAAAUCUAAAAAAUCACUUUUAAACUCAAUAUGGUCAUUUUAAGAUUGUAAGGUAGCAUAGCAAAUGAUAUCAGAUUUUUGCACUUGAUGACAAAUAGUUUAGAUGCUUUAAAUUGUUCUAUUUUAAAAAUGUUUUUCUGUGUAAGAAUAUUCAUCCAUGUGCUGAAAAUGACAAAGCACAUUGUAAUAAAUUUUUUAUUUUAUUUGGGUCAAUAAAAGGAUCUUAUCUUAUUUUAUCUUAGUUUGAUAAGUCUCAAACUCAAUGGGUAUUUUAUAUAUCUGUAAUAGUUUUUGGUGGCAGACAACAAUUUAAGGAACAAUGAAUAAUAAAUGAUCGAAAUUCCUCUUAUUCUUUAGGUAAAGACACAAACGGCUGCCAAUUUUUCAUCACAUUAAAAGCCACCCCUUGGCUGGAUGGCCACCACACCGUUUUUGGUAAAGUUCUUUCAGGGAUUGACAUUGUUAAGAAAAUUGGGGACACAGCAACUGACUCUACAGAUGCACCAACCGAUGAUGUGGUCAUUUCAAAAUCAAGGGUUGAGCCUGCUAGAGAUGAACAGUUGUACGUUGAACUGGAUGGAGUUGAUGCUUAAUAGAUUUAUUUCAAAUUUAUCAUUAUGUGUGGGUAUAAAAAGGUUUAAAAUAUGUUAAAAUUCCAAUGAAAAAUGGUUCUUAAAAAGUUGUAAAAAGUUGAAGGAAUAAAAUAAAGAUUACCAGUUUUCUUAAGCCAUAAGUUUUAUGGCAGUAUUUAAAGAAAGUCAAGAAAUCAGUCUCUUUAUCUUGAAUGAUUGUUAGUUAAACCCACUACAUCAUCCUGUUAUUAGAUGAUAAAAAUAUUGCCCCAAAAAAACCUAUACUGUCCAUUAAGGUUUCAAAAUUAGCCAGAGUGCUUUUAGAUCAUUGCAACAUUAUCAUAACUAUUCAAAACAGUUUCGAACAUCUAUAAUGCAUCACAUGAUAAGUUGAUUAGCUGUGGGAAUGAAUGUUAAAUGGAAAUGAGAGUGCUUGUAAAAAAAAAUAAUUUUUUUUUGGCAAAUGAUCAAAUCAUUUUUGAUUUAUUCUUUUUAUUGUAUUUGAAUGUUCAAAUGUUUUUAUUUUUUCUUAAUAUCACAUGUUGUUUUAGAAAAUGUUUACAAACUGCUGUUAUUAGUGCCUUACCAGUACUUAAAUUUGAAGUAUUAUCAACAUAUCUGAACAAACUUUGGGCAAGGGCUAAUCAAAGGGCCACAAUGCUUGGUUUGUUUAGUUGAAUUUUUUUCUCUCCAUUUUUAAAAAAAAGAUCUUUUGAUAAGGGUGUUUUUAAUACAAAUUUUCUUACUGAAAUUUAUACAUUGAAUAAAUGUUUUAAC